CACUUGAAGAACCCAUAACAGCUUUUUUUGGUAGUCUUGCAGGGUACGGCCUGACCCACGGCGCCAGCCAGUCGUUUCCCCAAUGGAUCUUGCGCCGUUAUCGAUAUUGGGGUUUCCUAUCCCGCAUCUGUUUUGAGCCCCGAAAAAUAUAUCAUGGGCAACACAUCACGAAUGCCAUCAGGACAGCAAGCUACAAAUGGCGACAGUAUGGACACCGGCCCAGGUGCUUUUGAACCGCCUCCCUCGACUCUUGCUGCCAAACUUGUCAACAAACUCUCGGGGAAUCAUAAACCCUCUCUCCAAGGUUCCCAAGACAGCUUCGGACUUCUCGUCUCUGAAGUCUCCCAGUUCGACAAAACUCGCAAUGAGCAUACAACGCCCGAAGAGAUCAGGGAAAACAACUAUCGGGUUGUAUACGUGCUAACAAAAGCACGUUUGGGUCCAGUAUGCAGCGAUGAAAGCGAUCCGUUUGCGAAGAAGGAGAGGGUCCUUGACGAUGCCGCCCAGGUUCUCGACUUGUUCAUUACAUCUAUAAAAGAGACGCCGGAAAUCCUCACAAAGGUUGGGGCGCAGAAUGACUUGGUCCGGACGGGGAGAGGGGUGCCUUUAUGGAUAUGGUUAUGGCCAAGGCUACUUCGACUUCUUGGAAAUGAAGGCUGCGAACCGCUAUGGCCGAAAGUGAAAGAGCUCUUCCAUACCGCAUUCGAUGUGUCUAGGGUCCUGGAUGUUGAGUUCUGGGGAGUCGGUCUGAAAUUUCUUACCUAUUUGAGACAUUGUGUUGAUGCUUCGCUGCACAAUGUUGCGGCGAUUUCAACUUCGACUAUAGCGCUUCCCCUGGCGACGAUCGAGGACGACCUCUCCUUUCAAAGUCGAUUGGGUUUUGUCGAGAACGGAUGCACAUAUAAUUUACGCGGGGGGACAGAUUCAUUCCACCAUGCUCAGCAACUAUUGACCCUCGUGGCCGACUUGUCAUUAUCAUCCUUCGUUGACGGCCAGCUUUAUGAGAGCACUUCGCACAGAUACAUGGCAUGGGUUUUUGAUAGUUUUCUCGAGCUUCGAACAACUGCUGCGAGGUCAGCGGCGUACAAAACCGAACAUGAUUCCAUCUCUGUCGAUGCAGUUCACAGACUUGUAUCGUCUCAAGCCCAGCAUAUUGACGCCCCAGCCCAUCGCAAAGGCUACCGAGUUCUGUCUCAUCUCUGUUCAGAGCUUGUUGCCUAUUCGACUGCAGUUUCUGAUGUAAUGGACCGAGUCAAAUUGGCAGGCAUUCUGUUGGAUCUGGCAUCGGCUUGUGAAGCUUCCGGAUCUGUAUCACAAGCAGUCGCCAUUGACCUACUUCCGGUUUUAGACAAGGCUAUUGUUUUUGGGACUCAGACCGCAGCUCCCGAUGACGCAGAUUUGAAGAGCUGUAUUCUCCUACUACGCCAAAAGUGCCAAAACAUACCGCCUCAGAGUGCCCGUACAACUCUGGAGAACAAGGCACUGGAAUUGCAGUUUCGGAGUCUCUGCUUCAAAGAUUUAUCUGGCGUCGACAAUGAUGAUAAUGGUGCCCCUCAAAUCAAGCGUCGCAAAAUUGCGCCGCAUAGCUUAUUGGAAGAAAUCACAGAAGAGGCAUACAUGCUACUUGGUGCCCAGAAAGCAACGGAUUUGGAUGGAUUGAGUCAUAUCGCAGCAGACUGCUUCUCUCACCUCGAGGAUACAAACCGUUGCAAAGCAUUGAAGCUUUUGGGAAUGAUACCGUGCGCAAGCGCCCAUACCUUGACGGUAUUCCGUGAUAAGAAUGGAGAGUUUGGCGAGCCUGAAUGCACCGUAUGCGGCUCCAGCAACAAGACUGAACCCACCAUCGACGCCGCCAGCGGCCGCAAUACUUCCGCUCCCGUCUCAGCAUCUGUGCCCGUCAGCGCCCGGUCCGCCGACAUAGCGAAGGUGGAAACACAGGCUGUCGCCAUAUUGUCUGCCCUCCUCAAAGUCGGCGACUUCGAAUUGUCAAGGAAGCCACGGGUAUUAGCAAUGGUGGUCGUGCGAAAAUUUGCCCUCCAUUUCGAAGGGGCUCAGUUCAUGGAUCUUGAGUCGUCGGUGUUGGGCCAAUGGUGCCUGACUUCCCUCCGUAGCUCAGUUCGAGAACUUCGGAUUGUUGCUGGACGAACUGUCCCUGCCUUUCUCAGGGAUGGAAACAAUGUCGACGUAGUGGUAACGCGAAGAAACAGAGUCAAUGCAAUCAAUAUAUUGAGGCAGUUCUCUGGAGAAACUGCACCUCACCUUACCGAGACUUGGGUGUUGACGUGGGGACAAAUAGCCAGAGUUUCGAAAGACCGAGAGCUAAACCUGACUCUCUUGAGGCUGGUAGAAUACUUGGGACAUACGAACCAGAUAAUCUCUGGACUUGCAUUUACCGAAAUACUCAGCACCGCAGAAGUGAACGGUAUUCCUGUUGGGCAAAUGUUUAGUCCAUUUUGGCGCACUAUUGCCCACACCGCUGUUAGUGAUUUGCAAAAUCGGCCACAGACAGUGCAAUUGAUGGCAGAAUUACUGUCCAUAAGCGUGCCGGAGUUUUUGGUAGAAACGCAGGCCUAUACUCUCCCAUGGCUAGUUCUGGCUAAGAAAACAGACAUCAUCACAAAGAUAUCCCAGGCUCGUGAAGAUGAUGACCCGAGCAAGGCCAUUAUUUCGAAUAUGGUUGCAAUCAUGCCUCUCCUACUUGUGCAAGCAGUCCCCGAUAUUGAGACGUUCAUUAUGGGACUUCUUCGGGGUGUAUCGCCAGCAUUUGACAAAAUUGACCUUGUCCAGUGCCUUGGGAUAGGCGCAAUAGAGAUUGCGGUAGAAUUAUUGAAGAACGCUGGUGAUGAAGAUGACAGCAAGAAAUCCCGAGUUCGACACGCCCUCAAUAUUUUAGCGGCACACUGCGAUAUCAUCCCAAGUGAUGGCGAGCAAAGCAAGGACAAAAUUGGCGCAUUUCUGGAACAAUACAGCUUAGGGAUAAUGUCCCAUUUCUCAGAACUUGUCAACGAUACGCGGGUUUGGCAGUCUCCAAACGAGAAGAAGCGGUCCUUGAGGGGAAUAGAGGAAUUGGUAAAGGUAGGCAAGAGUCAUACUAGGUCUGCUUUACCUCAAAUCCAUGCUUGCUUACAAUCGGCUUUAUCAAAUGAUCACCUCCGCACCGCCGCUUUUCAGGCAUGGGGGACUAUGAUCAGGAGUUUCGACGAUGAAGAAGUUUCAGUCAUGCUUGAAACAACCUUUGCCAUCAUCAUUCAGCAUUGGCAGCUUUUCGACAGCUCUACACGAGAGUAUGCCUGUAAGCUGAUAGAAUAUCUAUUGACCAAGCGCUUUCAAACCCUGGGAGUCAAUGCUGAUCUUCUCCCGUCUCUUGCUCAAAUCCCCGAACUGCAGUCGUGUGAGGAACGGCUUGUCAAGAUGAGAUCAAAACCAGAUGUCAAGCAAGAAUAUCAGAUAUUCAGCCGGCGAAUCAGCCACGAACAUGCCAGUGUUGUAACUCAAGGGUUCACAGAACUUGCGGGUUAUCUCAAGAAGAACCAGGAAUUUUUACAAGCGUCAGCUGUCAGUGAGCAGCCAGAGAAGGUGGUCGGGGAACUUCUCCGAGCCAUCCUCGAUGCUUGCGUGCAAUUCAAUGACAGCAACACGGAUGUCGCACGACUCGCAGGUGAAUGUUUGGGUAUGAUCGGCUGCGUCGAUUCAAACAGAGUCGAAACAGUUCGGAAACGGAAAGAGAUCGUUGUCCUCAGCAAUUUCGAUGGCUCAGCCGACACGACCGAUUUUGUCUUGUUCAUCCUCCAAGAAGUCCUUGUAAAGGCCUUUGCUUCUGCUACGAACCCUAGAGCUCAAGGAUUCUUCUCUUACGCUAUGCAAGAAUUACUGAGAAGAUGCGAUUUUUCAGUGGUUGUUUCCCAAUAUCGAAGUCAUCAGAUUGACACAGGCGACGCAGAAAAGCUGCAUAAGAAGUGGCUUGGUUUACCUGAAAGCAUCCGAAUGACGCUAUCGCCGUUUCUAAGUUCAAGGUAUACAGUCACGGCCAUGGCAACGAAUCCCGUUAAAUACCCAAUAUUUCACUCAACCAAGUGCUACAAUAUUUGGCUUAGGGCAUUCGUAUUAGAUCUACUCCAGAAGCCACAAAAUGCCAAUGCAUCCCUUAUUUUCGAUCCUCUUAGUCGUGUCAUUAGGAUUCAAGAUACAUCAGUCGCCAAUUUCCUCCUUCCUUAUACUGUUUUGCACAGUGUUGCCCUUGGAUCUGACCAAGACAGGAACGAUAUCCUCGGCGAAAUCCUGGCAAUAUUAGAACACAACACAUCAACUGAUUCUCACAAUGAACUCAAUAAUGUCAAGCUCUGUAGCGAGGCAAUAUUUAGGGUGUUGGACUACCUAGCCCGCUGGGCACAAGAGGAAAAGGCGGCUCUCGGCUUGCUGUCGAUGAGAUCGAAUUCCGACACGGAAGAGAAAUCUAGGCGGCAUCUUCGGCUUCAAUUGGUAGCCAAAUUACUCUCUGCUAUCCCGGCCCAAAUAAUAUCACGCCGUGCCGUAGAGUGCAAGUCAUAUGCACGUGCCCUCUUCCAUUGGGAAGCACACAUACGGAAAGUCAGAAAAAAUAACGAGCCGAUUCCCAAAUCACUGCUUCUGCGCCUCCAGGAUAUCUAUACUCAAAUCGAUGAGCCAGAUGGUAUCGAAGGCAUCUCGGCUCAUCUAUAUGUGCUUGAUAUUGACCAGCAGGUCCUUGGCCACCGCAAGGCCGGCCGUUGGACUGCUGCGCAGAGUUGGUACGAAAUAAAAUUGGCUGAGAAUCCCAGCGACGCUGAAGCGCAAGUGAACCUGCUUGACUGUAUGAAGGAGUCUGGCCAGUAUGAUGCUCUAUUGAACUACGUCGAAGGCAUAGAGAAAUCCAGCUCGAUUGUAUCAAAGCUGCUUCCUUUUGCAACGGAAGCGUCGUGGUCAACAAGCCGGUGGAACAUGCUGGAGAAGUAUGUUGCCAAAGCACCUGUUGAAAUCGCGGGCGAUUUCAAUGUGAACAUUGGCCGCGUCUUACUCGCAUUUCGUGAUCGGGAUUUCAACGUCUUCGACGCCGCAAUAAAAUCACUACGAGAGCAUAUUGCCGGCUCAUUAUCAGCGGAUACAACCUCGUCUCUGGGAUCUUGCCAUGAUUCCAUGUUGCGGCUACACGUGUUGACGGAGCUGGAUAUGGUUGCUCAUUCGUCUGACGAUGCAUCUCAGCGCCAACAGGUCCUAUCGUCCCUUGACAGACGGCUUGAAGUAGUAGGUGCCUACCUCAAUGACAAGCAGUAUCUGCUUGGCCUGCGUCGAGCCGCAAUGCAACUUUCAAGGAAUACAUUCACCGAGGCCAACAUAGCCUCCGCGUGGCUGACAAGCGCUCGCGUUGCCCGUAAAGGGAACGCCGUCCACCACUCCUUCAAUGCGGUCCUUCACGCAUCUAGGCUUGGCGACGACUCUGCUAUGAUCGAGCAUGCUCGGCUGAUAUGGAGAGAAGGCCAUCACCGCAAAGCCAUUCAGAGCCUCCAAGGAGCUAUCGACAACAAUGCGUUUAUCUCUCAUAACCAAGCGCCGUCGGAACUGGAAACUGGCCAAGAGGGGAACCGAGACCAGCAAAAUCUCCUCGCUGCACGAGCACAUCUAUUGUUAGCCAAAUGGCAAGAUGACGCUGGACAGACACACUCUACCGCGUUGCGUUCGCAAUAUCAGUUUGCAGCAAAACUUUCUAUGACAUGGGAGAGAGGCCACUACUACCUUGGCCGGCAUUACAACAAACUACUUGAAUCAGAGAAAACAAUGGCCUCGGAUCAACAAAUAUUAUCCUUCCUCGCAGGAGAGAUGGCGAGACUGGUUAUCGAGAACUAUCUACGUUCUUUGAGCUACGGCACCAAGUACGUCUAUCAGACCUUACCACGUAUCCUCACGCUGUGGCUGGACCUCGGAAUGCAGAUCACACAGCCUGUGGAUGCCAAAUAUGGAACCAAGGAGUUCGCCACGACCUUGAAACUUAAGCAGAAAGAGCAGAUUGCAUCUAUUCAUCUUCGGUUUGACAAAUAUGUCCAAAAGAUGCCCGCGUAUAUUUUCUAUACGGCACUGCCACAGAUUGUCGCAAGAAUCGCCCAUCCAAAUCAAGAAGUUUAUCAAUAUCUACACCAGAUUAUUGUGAAGGUAGUUUCAACACAUCCCCAACAGGCACUAUGGACUCUCCUUGCAGUGAUUACAUCGACGCAAACCGAGCGAAAAACCCGCGGCGCAAGCAUUCUGCAGACCUUAUUCUCAUCGUCGAGGAAACUAAGUCCAGCUGGGGUGGACCUAAAAUCGAUGAUCCAGAAAGGGCAAAAACUGUCACAGCAACUCCUCGUCGCUUGUACAGCUGGCGACUUUCCUACGAAUCGGACAACUUUCGUCAGCAUCACGAAGCAUCUCGGUUUCAACCCAAAACAGUGCUGUCCCAGUCCACUCGCGGUCCCUAUUGAGAGCGCGCUUACUGCUACGCUGCCUACUCUUGCCGACAGCGUAGGAUCACACAAGGCUUUCUCAAGAGACGUCAUCACAAUUGACGGGUUUGCAGAUGAAGUCAUGGUGCUCAGUUCUCUCCAGCGACCUCGAAAGCUGACAACAAGAGGCUCAGAUGGAAAGCUGUACGGGCUGCUUUGCAAGCCAAAGGAUGACCUCCGGAAAGAUCAGCGCCUUAUGGAAUUCAAUAGCAUGAUUAAUCGCUCUCUGAAGCGAGAUGCAGAAGCAAGCAAACGCCAACUGUACAUAAAGACAUAUGCAGUAACGCCCCUCAAUGAAGAAUGCGGCAUAAUCGAAUGGGUAGAUGGCCUUAAAACACUUCGCGACAUCCUUUUGGGGUUCUACAAGUCAAUCGGGGUCGCCCCAAAUUAUACGGAACUCCGAGUUCUUCUCAAAGAUGCCAGCGAAAAUGAUGACAGGCUAUUUCUCUUCAAGGACAAAAUACUUGCACAACUACCUCCCGUAUUCCAUCAGUGGUUCGUCCAGCAGUUUCCUGAGCCUUCAUCGUGGUUCACUGCAAGGCUCAAGUACACACGCUCAUGCGCCGUGAUGUCAAUGGUGGGCACAAUCCUAGGUUUGGGUGAUCGUCAUGGCGAGAACAUCCUAUUCGAGGAAGGAAACGGCGGGACCUUUCACGUCGACUUCAAUUGCCUCUUCGACAAAGGCCUCACUUUUCAGCAGCCUGAGAGAGUGCCAUUCAGGUUGACGCACAAUAUGGUUGAUGCUAUGGGCGUCUACGGUUAUGAGGGACCCUUCCGCACUUCCUCAGAGAUCUCACUCAGGCUUCUUCGCCAGCACGAAGAGACACUGAUGACGAUAUUGGAAGCGUUCGUAUACGACCCCACACUCGACUUAUUGGAGAACAAGAAUAAGAAGAGGAGAGAGCGUGAUCCCGCCCUACAGACGGUGCCAAAUACGCCGCAGGGUGUUCUAAAGAGCAUUCGGAGGAAGAUGAGGGGACUGUUGGAGGGCGAUAGUGUUCCGUUGGGGGUGGAGGGGCAGGUGGAUGAGUUGAUCAAGCAGGCUACAAGCACGAAGAAUUUAGUGGGUAUGUAUAUCGGAUGGUGCGCCUUCUUUUAGGUUUUUUAAUGGGGAGAUUUAGGAAUAGAGAUGGUAGUUACGGAGUAGUCAGGAAGGUAAAGGCUAGAUCGUAUUAUAAUGAGCGGUUAUGGAGGAUACUAGCUAGGGUCAGUCUUUGGAAUACAGGGCGUAGCUAGAUUCCAGAAUCUACAAUUACAAGCAGUAUUAUUGUAUGUACAAUUAUUCGGUGGUGUGUCUUCCUGUUAGACUGGCUGUCUACCGUAGUAGCAAGUUAUUUUGUGGAUAUCUGCCACAAAUGCCUCAGCUCCGCCCGCAACUACCUAGUCG